AUGGAGGUGGCAUCGCCCCAACUCCCCGGCGCGAACGGCGUCGCCUCGCCCACCGCCGAUCCCUCGAUCGAUUCGAAUGGCGUUCUCGACCAUGUCGCUCAAGCAUGCCAGAUAGCCCUCGGGGCCACGAGCGAAGACCUCCAGAGCCCAGGGAGCUUACUCCACAAGCACCGUUACUCCGACACGCUCCAGCGCUGCACCCGUUUCGCGACUGAUUCCCUCAUCGCCCUGUACAUUCAGAAGGACAUCCUGCCGGCGUCCACAAUACAAAAUGGUGCCGAAGACCUGAAGUCCCCGGCCUACACAUACUCCCUGACGACCGAGAUAUCCUCUUUGACCCCGACGACCGUGUCGUGGCUCGUUCUGCUCAAGCAACGCCCCGGACCCAUCGAUCACACACUCCCGCUUACUUCCCAGAUACUUAUCACCAACCUGCCGGGCCCUGCGACCCUAAACGCCACCGCCGGCGAGCAGGGCCCCUCCACGUCGCCCUUUGAGGUUUUGCACUCCUACGUUCACCAUGUGUUGGCACAGUACUUCGAUGCCAACACCCGCAGCCAGAUCGCCAAUGGUGCCAGGGGCAGGGCCGAUGUGGACUCGAAGACGGGAAUUCCCGUCACCAAGAAGAGGUGGAACGAUCUGGAGCUGAGCUUGCUUCACCUGCAGCAGAAUGUCGAAAUCCCCGAGGUGUCCCUGAUGUUUCACACAAUGGUACAGAAUGCACUGGAGGAGGCCGAAUCGCGGCACUCGAAGCCUACACUUGAUCUCAUUCCCAGUACCGACCUCACAAACAGCACCUUCCUCAACAGCUUGCAGAACAACGUGAACAGCUGGAUCAAGUCGAUCCAGGUCAUCACAAGGAUGACAAGAGACCCUGCGGACAACGCCAAGGAUUUCAAGUUCACCGCCAGUCAGGAAGUUAACUUUUGGCUGUCGAUGGAGUCCGCUCUGGAGGGAAUUGAGGGUCAGCUCCGCAGCGAGGGCGUUCUGUUGACCUUGGAGAUUCUCAAGCACGCCAAGCGUUUCCAGGCCACCGUCAGUUUUACUGCCGACACGGGCUUGAAGGAGGCCAUGGAGAAGGUUCAGAAGUACAAUCAGCUCAUGCGAGAUUUCCCGCUUGAUGAGCUGCUCUCCGCCACGUCCCUGUCCAAGGUGAAGGAUGCCAUCAUCCAAAUAUUUGGUCACCUGAACAGAAAACUAAGGAUCUGUCCCUAUCCUAUUCGGAGAGCAUUGCCGCUGGUGGAGGCCAUCUCUGGGGAUCUGGAUGAGGUGCUGCAUCGACUUCUGCCCGGAACGGAGCUUGUGAACCUUGACUACAACGAGUUUAAGGCCAUUAUGAAGUCCAGCGAUGACAUCUUCACCACCUGGGACGAGAGUAUCAAGGAGUUCACCAAUGUCGCCCGCGAGGUCACCCGCCGGAGAAACGAAAAGUUCAUUCCCAUCAAAGUCAACCCCAAGCAUGCCGAGCUUCAGAGUCGCCUCAAGUAUGUAAGCACAUUCCGCGAUAACCACGAGCAACUCCAACGCACCAUUGUCAACGUGCUCGGCCCCAAGGCUACUGUGAGCGGCUUGACCGAGACCACCAACACCAACGGCGUUGUCGUCGUGGAGGAGAUGGGUGACGUGGACGCGGUCGAAGAAGUCAAGCAGGCGUGGGAGGCGCUGAAGAACGUCGACCUACUGGACGUCUCCGCCGAGGGCACGGAGAGAUGGGCCAAGGCCGAAAACAUGUACAAUGAACGGACGUCUCGAGUUGAGAACUCCAUCAUCGCGCGCUUGCGUGACCGUCUGGCCACGGCCAAGAACGCCAACGAGAUGUUCCGCGUCUUCUCCAAGUUCAACGCGCUUUUUGUGCGUCCCAAGAUUCGUGGUGCCAUCGCUGAGUAUCAGAACCAGCUGAUGGAGCAUGUCAAACAAGCCAUCCACGGCCUCCACGAGCGCUUCAAGCAGCAGUACGGCCACUCCGAGGCCCAUGCUAUGGCCCAGCUGCGUGACCUACCGCCUGUCUCUGGUGCCAUCAUCUGGGCUCGCCAGAUCGAGCAUCAGCUCGAUAACUACAUGAAGAAGGUCGAGGACGUGCUGGGUUCCGAGUGGGCCAUCCAUGCCGAGGGCCAGAAGCUCCAGAGCGAGAGCAACCUCUUCAGGAAGAAGCUCGACACGCAAACAAUCUACAAGGCGUGGCUCGACGACGUUCAGCGCCGGCAGAUUUCCAUAUCGGGCUUCUUGUUUGACAUCCGACGCAUGCGAUCGACGGGCGGCAACUAUGAGCUUCUGGUCAACUUUGACCCCCAAGUCAUCACCCUUUUCAAGGAGACCCGGAAUCUUAUGUGGCAGAACUACGCCGUUCCCCACUCGAUCAACAACGUGUCCAAGGACGCCAAGCGUGUCUACCCGUUUGCAGUCAGUCUCAUGGAGAGCGUCCGCACCUUCUCGCAGACGAUGCGCCAGAUAUCCGAGAUGGGCGAGGAGGCCGUCCUUGUUUAUGGGUACAGAAACGACGUCUACGCACUUGUCUCCAGAGGCGUCCCCCUCAGGUGGGAGUCGUUUGUCAAUUCGCAUGAAAUUUUCUUUUCCACCAAAAACAACGCGACCCUCCCCAACGUGUCCGAGUUUGGGCUUUCGAAGCCGUCGGAGAGCAAGCACAGCCUCUUUAUCCGCGAGUUCGCCGCCGCCGUGUCUCUGCUGCAGACCAAGACCGCCUCUUUGGCAUCCAUCCAUGCGACUGUGGAGAAGGCGGUUGCCGAACUCAACGCUUGCCCCUAUGAAGCCAGCGCUUUUGCCUCGCGCCUGGAGACCAUUCAGACAGCUGUCGACCAGCUCAACCUGGAGCAGUAUGUCAACCUGCCCUAUUGGGUCGAAAACAUGAAUCAGAAGCUCAAGGAGGUGCUUCUCGGUCGUCUACAAGAGGCCAUUCUGGCUUGGAUCCAAGCCUUCGAGGACGACUACCUUGACGACGGUCGCCGCAAGCAAGUCACAGAGAAUGGCGAGGAACCUGUACAAGAGGGACCGGCCAUCAGGCGCUUGAUCCAUGAGCUGUCCAUGCGGAAUCAGGUGAUCUACUUGGAUCCUCCUCUGGAGUAUGCGCGCUCAAGCUGGUUUGUCCAGCUACAUGAGUGGCUGGGAAUCGUCUGCAACCUCAAAAAGAUCAAGGCCACGCGCUACCAGAUGACCUUGACAACGACUACGAUGGACGAGCCUCACUUUGACGACCUCCCGAGCAAUUGCACGGAUUUGCUCAGCCGCGUGUACGUGUCUGUUGAGAAGAAGCUCCGUGACAUUGGGUCCUAUGUCGACAAGUGGCUGCAGUUCCAGUCUCUCUGGGAUCUUCAGUCGGAGCAGGUGUACGAGGCUCUCGGUGAUCAGCUCUCGAGAUGGCUUCAGCUUCUUCAGGAGAUUCGGAAGACUCGCCAGACUUUUGAUACCCAGGAAGUCAGCCGGCAGUUCGGUCACAUCACCAUUGACUACGACCAGGUGCAGACCAAGGUCAACGCCAAGUAUGACCAGUGGCAGCACGAGAUUUUGAUGAAAUUUGCCAGCAGACUUGGCAACCGCAUGCGUGAAGUUCACGCCGAUAUUGAGAAGGCCCGUCGAGACCUCGAAAGCCAAGGCUUAGAUGCGUCUUCAACCGCUCAAGCCGUCCAGUUUAUCACCGUCGUGCAGGCUUGCAGACGCAACGUGAAGCUUUGGGCACCUGAGAUCGACAUGUUCAGACAGGGACAGUCCACCCUCGUGCGUCAGCGCUACCAGUUCGCCAACGACUGGCUUCACAUAGAACAGAUUGACAGCUCGUGGGAGUCCCUGACGGAGAUCUUGGAGAAGAAGUCCAAGAUUGUGCAGGAUCAAACCGACGCUCUCAAAUCAAAGAUCAUCGCCGAGGACAAGAUCGUCAACGACAGAAUUGCCGAAGUCGCCGUGCAGUGGAACGAUGAGAAGCCUGUUUCCGGUACUAUCCAGCCCGAUGUUGCAUCCGCGACCCUGAGCUCCUUCGAGGCCAGAAUCUCCAAGCUGCAAUCCGACUUCGAGAUGGUCGCCAAGGCCAAGGAAGCUCUCGACAUUCCUGCCGCCACGGACACCUCUCUGGGCACUAUUUUGGAAGAAGUACAGGAUUUCCAAUCUGUCUGGUCCAACCUGUCCACUAUCUGGGCUAGUCUCAACGAAACGAGGGAGAUCUUGUGGACUGCCGUUCAGCCCAGAAAGAUUCGGUCCAAGAUUGACGACCUCAUCAAGAGUACCAAGGACAUGCCCAGUCGCAUGCGCCAAUACGCUGCGUUUGAGCAUGUCCAGACUAUCCUCCGCGGCCUGCUGAAGGUCAACUCUGUUCUUUCUGACCUCAAGUCGGAGGCGAUUCGUGAUCGCCACUGGACCAAGAUUUACAAGCAGAUCAAGCCUGGCAAGCGAUACUCGCCGGUCUCGAUGACACUCGGCGACGUUUGGGACCUCAAUCUCGUCGCUACAGAAGUCAUUGUCAGAGACAUCAUUGCCCAGGCCCAGGGUGAGAUGGCCCUGGAGGAGUUUCUCAAACAGGUUCGCGAGACGUGGUCCACUUACGGGCUGGAGCUCGUCAACUACCAGAACAAGUGCCGUCUCAUCCGUGGCUGGGACGAUUUGUUUGCGAAGUGCAGUGAGAACUUGAACUCUCUCCAGGCGAUGAAGCACUCGCCCUACUACAAGGAGUUCGAAGAGGAGGCGUCAUCGUGGGAGGACAAGCUCAACAGAGUCCACGUCCUCUUCGAUGUCUGGAUCGACGUCCAACGCCAAUGGGUUUACCUCGAGGGUGUCUUCACCGGCAACGCCGACAUCAAGCACCUGUUGCCCGUCGAGUCCUCUAGAUUCCAGAACAUCAACAGCGAAUUCUCCGCCGUCAUGAAGAAGGUCUACAAGCAGCCCUACGUUCUGGACGUUCUCACAAUCCCCAACGUCCAGAAGUCUCUCGAGAGAUUGGCUGAGCUUCUCAACAAGAUCCAAAAGGCCCUGGGUGAAUACCUCGAGAAGGAGCGUGUCUCAUUCCCCCGAUUCUACUUUGUCGGUGACGAGGAUCUUCUUGAAAUGAUCGGCAACAGCAAUGACACUUUGCGCAUCGCGAAGCACUUCAAGAAAAUGUUUGCUGGUCUUUCUGGGCUCAUCAUGGACGACGAGACGAUCAUCUCUGGCUUCACAUCCAAGGAGGGCGAAGCCGUCCGUCUCAAGAAGGAGAUCUCGCUUGCCAAGACACCCAAGAUCAACGACUGGCUCGCUCUACUGGAGAACGGCAUGAAGAACACACUAGCCGAGCUCCUCGCGGAGGCUGUCGAUCAGUACACCCCCAUCUUUGAGUCUGAGAAGAUCGAGAAAGAGGCCAUGGAUACGUUCAUGGAAGCUUUCCCCAGUCAGAUCGUCGUCCUCGCGACCCAGGUCGUUUGGACGACAGCCGUUGAAAAAUCCCUGGUUGAUGGGGGCAAGACGCUACAGUCGCUCUACGACCGCGAGGUCCAGGUGCUUCGCCUCCUUGCCGACACCGUCCUGGGCGAUCUUGAAAUCAUCCAGCGCAAAAAGUGCGAACAGCUCAUCACCGAAUGCGUUCAUCAGCGAGACGCCAUCGAGAAGUUGACCAGCCUCAACGCCACCACGCCGACUCACUACUGGUGGCUGCUUCAGAUGCGCUACGUCUACACUCCCGAGGGCGACUUCUUUCAACGCCUACAGGUCAAGAUGGCCAACGCCACGCUCGCCUAUGGGUUUGAGUAUCUCGGAGUUCCCGACCGCCUCGUCAGAACACCCCUUACGGAUCGAUGCUUCCUCACCCUCACCCAAGCCCUCCAGCAACGGCUGGGUGGAUCUCCUUACGGUCCUGCCGGAACGGGUAAGACGGAGUCAGUCAAGGCUCUCGGCCUCCAGCUUGGUCGUUUCACCCUUGUCUUCUGCUGCGACGACACUUUCGACUUCCAGGCCAUGGGCCGCAUCUUCCUCGGUAUCUGCCAAGUUGGUGCGUGGGGAUGUUUCGACGAGUUUAACCGUCUCGAGGAGAGGAUCUUAUCGGCCGUCUCGCAGCAGAUUCAGAACAUUCAGCUCGGCUUGAAACAAGGAGCCGAAGACGAGAAGGCCCAGACCGAGCUCGUUGGACGACAGCUCCGCGUCAACGCGAACACUGGCAUCUUCAUCACCAUGAACCCCGGCUACGCUGGCCGUUCCAACCUCCCGGACAACUUGAAGAAGCUGUUCCGCAGUGUUGCCAUGUCCAAACCUGACAAGGAGCUCAUUGCCGAAGUCAUGCUGUACUCCCAGGGCUUCAACCAGGCUAAACAGCUCUCGAAGCACACGGUCCCAUUCUUCGACCAGUGCGCGGCGAGAUUGUCGAAGCAGGCCCAUUACGACUUUGGUCUCCGUGCCCUGAAGAGCGUCCUCGUCAGCUCAGGAGGGCUGAAGCGUGCGCGACUUCUCGAGAGCGAUGGCAGCCUUGGGGCCGAAGAAGUGGUCGAGCCUGAGAUCAUCGUCCAGAGCAUCCGGGAAACCAUUGCGCCCAAGCUGAUCAAGAGCGAUGUCGAGAUCCUCACCGAGGUCGAAGAGGCCUGCUUCCCCGGCGUCAAGUACGUCCCGGCCAACCUGCACCAGCUCGAGGAGGCCAUCAGAACCCUUGCGGACGAGAGACAGCUGGUUGUCAACGACACCUGGAUGACCAAGGUCCUCCAAUUGUACCAGAUCCAAAAGAUCCACCACGGCGUGAUGAUGGUCGGUAACUCGGGCACGGGCAAAUCUGCCGCCUGGACCCUUCUGCUCGACGCACUCCAGAAGGUCGAGGGUGUGGAGGGUGUGCAGCAUGUCAUUGACUCCAAGGUCAUGUCCAAGGAGGCGCUGUACGGAAACCUCGACUCCACCACCCGUGAGUGGACGGACGGUCUCUUCACCAGUAUCCUGCGCAAGAUUGUCGACAAUCUUCGAGGCGAGGAUUCCAAGCGCCACUGGAUUGUCUUCGACGGUGACGUCGACCCUGAAUGGGUCGAGAACUUGAACAGUGUGUUGGACGACAACAAGCUCCUCACCCUGCCCAACGGUGAGCGUCUCAACUUGCCCGCCAACGUCCGCAUCAUGUUCGAGGUCGAGACCUUGAAGUACGCCACUCUUGCCACGGUCAGUCGUUGCGGCAUGGUCUGGUUCAGCGAAGACACUGUUACGCCGACUAUGAUGCUCGAGCACUAUCUCGGCACGCUUCGCUCCAAGCCUUUUGAGGACCUCGACGAGGACAAUGUCGCAGCUGGACAGAGUCCCGCAAAGGCUCUCGCCAUCCAGUCCCAAGUGGCCGACCUCCUCGGUGCUUUCCUUUCCGGGGAAGACUUCCUCGUGGCUGCACUCAAGGAAGCCGAGAGUUACAAUCACAUCAUGGACUUCACUGUCGCGCGUGUGCUCAACACCCUAUUCUCUCUCCUGAACAAGGCAGUGCGCGACAUGAUCGAGUACAAUGCCCAGCACUCCGACUUCCCUCUGGAUCCUGAUCAGGUCGAAGCCUUCAUCGCGAAGAAGCUUCUCCUCGCGCUCGUAUGGGCUCUCACCGGCGACUGUCCUCUAAACGACCGCAAGUCUUUUGGAGAUGCUGUCUGCGGCCUUGCCAGCUUCGGCAACCCGCCUCUCGACGGCACUAGCUCGCUCAUUGACUUCGACGUCACUCUCCCCAAGGCCGAGUGGGCGCCGUGGCAGAACCAGGUGCCGACCAUCGAGGUCAACACCCACUCUGUCACGCAGACCGACGUGGUCAUUCCGACGCUGGAUACCGUGCGUCACGAGGAUGUCCUGUACUCCUGGUUGGCCGAGCACAAGCCGCUGCUUCUUUGCGGUCCUCCCGGUUCGGGUAAGACGAUGACGCUGUUCAGCGCUCUCCGCAAGCUUCCCAACAUGGAGGUUGUCGGUCUCAACUUCUCCAGCGCAACGACGCCUGAUCUCCUGAUCAAGACCUUUGAGCAAUACUGCGAGUACAAGAAGACCCUGAACGGAGUAAUGCUCUCGCCGACCCAGAUCGGCAGAUGGUUGGUCAUUUUCUGCGACGAAAUCAACUUGCCCGCGCCCGACAAAUACGGAACGCAGAGAGCCAUCUCCUUCCUGCGUCAACUCGUCGAGCACAACGGUUUCUGGAGAACAUCGGACAAGUCCUGGGUCACCCUCGACCGUAUCCAGUUCGUCGGUGCUUGCAACCCGCCCACCGAUGCAGGCCGUACGCCCCUUGGUGCUAGGUUCCUCCGUCACGCUCCUCUCAUCAUGGUCGAUUACCCCGGAGAGCUCUCCCUGCUGCAGAUCUACGGUACUUUCAACUCGGCCGUUCUCAAGAUUAUCCCGUCUCUCCGCGGCUACUCGGAACCGCUGACCCAAGCCAUGGUCAAGCUCUAUCUCGAGUCGCAACAGCGCUUCACGCCCAAGAUCCAGCCUCACUACGUGUACAGUCCUCGUGAGCUUACCCGAUGGGUGCGAGGUAUCUACGAGGCCAUCCGGCCUCUGGAGACCCUUUCCAUCGAGGGACUCGUCCGCAUCUGGGCGCACGAAGCGCUGCGACUCUUCCAAGAUCGUCUCGUCGCUGAGGAUGAACGCCAAUGGACCGAUGACGCCGUCCGACGGAUCGCCCUUGAGCUCUUCCCCACUGUUGAUGACCAAAAGGCUCUCGGCGGCCCCAUCCUCUUCUCUAACUGGCUGUCGAAGAACUACGUACCUGUCGACCGGGAGCAGCUCCGAGACUUCGUCAAGGCCAGACUCAAGACCUUCUGCGAGGAAGAGGUUGACGUGCCUCUCAUUCUGUUCAACGAUGUCCUGGAACACGUCCUGCGGAUCGACCGUGUUUUCAGACAGCCUCAGGGCCAUCUUAUUCUCAUCGGUGUCAGCGGCAGUGGAAAGACGACGCUUUCGCGCUUCGUGGCAUGGAUGAACGGCCUCAAGGUCUUCCAGAUCAAGGUUCAUGGCAAGUACUCCGCCGAAGACUUUGAUGACGAUCUCCGGGAUGUCCUCCGUCGCUGUGGUUGCAAGGGAGAGAAGAUCUGCUUCAUCAUGGACGAGGCCAAUGUUCUCGACUCUGGUUUCCUCGAGCGGAUGAACACUCUGCUCGCCAACGCCGAGGUUCCGGGUCUUUUCGAGGGAGACGAGUUCGCCGCGCUCAUGACGGCUUGCAAGGAGGGUGCCCAGCGACAGAACUUGCACUUGGACUCGCCCGAGGAACUCUACAAAUGGUUCACUCAGCAGAUUGUCAAGAACCUGCACGUCGUGUUCACGAUGAACCCGCCAGAAGGCGGUCUCGGAUCCAAGGCCGCGACCAGUCCCGCCCUGUUCAACCGUUGCGUGCUCAACUGGUUCGGCGACUGGUCCGAUCAGGCCCUCUUCCAGGUCGGCCACGAACUCACCCAGUCGAUGGACCUGGACCGCCCCAACUUCCAGGCGCCUGAUACCAUCCCGGUCGCGUACCGCGGCCUCAGCCUGCCCCCCUCGCACCGCGAGACCAUCGUCAACUCCAUGGUCUACAUCCACUACUCCCUUCAGAGAUUCAACACCAAGCUGUUCAAGCAGCAGGGCAAGGUCACCUUCCUCACCCCCCGACACUUCUUGGAUUUCGUCGCGCAGUACGUCAAGCUCUACAACGAGAAGCGCGAGGAUCUGGAGGAACAGCAGCGCCAUCUCAAUGUCGGUCUCGAGAAGCUGCGAGACACGGUCGACAAGGUUCGCGACCUGAGAGUCAGCCUUGCGGAGAAGAAGUCCCAGCUCGAGAAGAAGGACGCCGAGGCCAACGAGAAGCUGCAGCGCAUGGUUGCGGACCAGAGAGAGGCCGAACAGAGAAAGAACACCUCCUUGGAGAUCCAGGUUGCCUUGGAGAAGCAAGAGGCCGAGGUGGCCACAAGAAGAAAGGUGGUGUUGGAGGACCUCGCCAAGGCCGAGCCCGCCGUCGAAGAGGCCAGGGCCAGUGUUAGCAACAUCAAGCGCCAGCACCUGACCGAAGUCCGUUCCAUGGGUAACCCUCCCCAGGGUGUCAGACUGGCCCUCGAGUCCGUCUGCGCUCUGCUGGGCCACAAGGUCAACGACUGGAGGAUGAUCCAAGGUAUCAUCCGUCGCGACGAUUUCAUUGCCAGCAUCGUCAACUUCGACAACGAGCGCCAGAUGACCAAGUCCCUGCGUGUCAAGAUGCGCAACGAGUUCUUAUCAAACCCCGAGUUCACCUUCGACAAGGUCAACCGUGCCAGCAAGGCCUGCGGUCCUCUGGUGCAGUGGGUGGAGGCACAGGUCUCGUACUCUGAGAUCCUGGACAGAGUCGGCCCUCUCCGAGACGAGGUCGACCAGCUCGAGGAGCAGGCUCUGCAAACCAAGGCGGAGGCCAAGGCCGUGGAGAACACCAUCAACAACCUCGAGUCGAGCAUCGCCCAGUACAAGACGGAGUACGCUGCGCUCAUCAGCGAGACCCAGGCUAUCAAGUCCGAGAUGUCCAAGGUCCAGUUCAAGGUCGACAGGAGUGUCAAGCUCCUCGACAGCCUGUCGUCCGAGAGAGUGCGCUGGGAGGAGGGCAGCAAGUCCUUUGAGACGCAGAUCAGCACCCUCGUCGGCGACGUGCUCGUCGCCGCCGCCUUCUUGGCCUACAGCGGUCUGUACGACCAGACCUUCCGCAAGUCGAUGAUGGACGACUGGCUGCACCAGCUGCAGCUCUCUGGCGUCUUGUUCAAGUCGCACAACCCGGUCACCGAGUACCUUUCGACGGCCGAUGAGCGCCUCAGCUGGCAGGAGAAUAGCUUGCCGGUCGAUGACCUGUGCACGGAGAACGCCAUCAUCCUGAAGCGGUUCAACCGCUACCCUCUCAUCAUCGAUCCUUCCGGCAGAGUCACAGAGUUCUUGCAGAAGGAGAGCAAAGAGCGUCGCCUGACUGUCACCAGUUUCUUAGAUGAUUCAUUUACCAAGCAGUUGGAGAGUUCGCUGCGUUUCGGCAACCCCAUCCUCAUCCAGGAUGCCGAGUACCUCGAUCCUAUCCUCAACCACGUCCUCAACAAAGAAUACCAGAAGACUGGUGGGCGUGUUUUGAUCCAGCUCGGCAAGCAGCAGAUCGACUUCUCGCCGUCGUUCAAGAUUUACCUGUCGACCCGCGACCCGUCGGCCACGUUUGCUCCCGACAUUUGCUCUCGAACCACAUUCGUCAACUUCACGGUUACGCAGAGCAGUCUCCAGACCCAGUCCCUUAACGAUGUGCUCAAGUCCGAGAGGCCAGAUGUCGACGAGCGGCGAUCCAACCUCAUCAAGCUUCAGGGAGAGUUCAAGAUCCAUCUGCGACAGCUGGAGAAGCGUCUUUUACAAGCUCUCAACGAGUCUCGCGGAAACAUCCUCGACGAUGACAACGUCAUCGAGACUCUGGAGACGCUGAAGACGGAGGCUGCCGAGAUUUCGGACAAGAUGAGCAACACCGAGGGCGUCAUGGCGGAAGUUGAAGAGAUCACCCAACAGUACAGCAUCAUCGCCCGCUCCUGCAGUACCGUCUUUGCGGUGCUGGAGCAGCUUCACUACCUCAACCACUUCUACCAAUUCUCGCUCCAGUACUUCCUCGACAUCUUCCACUCCGUCCUCCAUGGCAACAAGAACCUUGCCAACGAGACAAACCACAACAUCCGCCGUGACGUUAUCGUCAAGGACCUCUUCGUCACAACGUUCAAGCGGACUGCACUGGGCCUGCUUCAGAAGGACCGAAUCACGCUGGCCAUGCUGCUUGCCCAGGCCACGCCCUACAAGAUGGACAAGACGCUGAUUGACAUUAUUCUUGACGAUCGUGUGGAGGGCAAGGAUCUCUCCACCGACAAGGAUGCCAAGGACGAUGUCUUUGCCCGCGCUGGCCGCAUGAACGCGCUCAAGGAGAAGCUCGAUAGGGUAUCCUCUGCUGACUGGGACAAGUUUUUGACGGAGGAGCUUGCGGAGAACUUUGUGCCCCCGAUCUGGGAGGACACCACGGAGGCCUUCGACCAGGCCCUGCAGUCCCUGCUCCUCGUCAAGCUGUUCCGCCUCGACCGGUUCGUCCCGGCCGCCGAGCGCUUCGUCACCCUCGUCUUCGGCUCUGACACAUUUGACGUUGUUGAGGACCUCAAGGAGACCGUGAGCCAGGUGCCGGCCACGAGACCGAUUUCCUUGGUCUCCAGCCCUGGUUUCGAUGCCAGCUACAAGGUGGACAACCUCGUCGAGAGGAUGCGCGUCAAGUGCACAAACAUCGCCAUGGGUUCCAACGAGGGUCUCGCAAGCGCCGACAAGGCAAUUAGCAACGCCGCACAACUCGGCAACUGGGUCCUGGUCAAGAACGUCCAUCUCGCUCCUACGUGGCUGCAGAGUCUCGAGAAGCGCAUGGAAUCGCUCAAUCCCCACUCGGACUUCCGGCUGUUUUUGUCGAUGGAGUCGAGUCCCAAGAUUCCCGUCAACUUGCUCCGCGCCUCGAGAGUGCUCAUGUACGAGCAGCCCGCCGGUGUGCGCGCCAAUAUGAAGGACUCCAUGUCCUCCCUGUCGACGAGGGCCACCAAGGCCCCUGUGGAGCGCACAAGACUGUACCUUCUGCUCGCGUUCUUGCACGCCGUCGUCCAAGAGCGUCUGCGCUACGCCCCCAGCCUGGGUUGGAAGGGCUUCUGGGAGUUCAAUGACAGCGAUUACGAAUGCUCGGCAUUCAUCAUUGACACGUGGGUCGAGAAGGCCGCCGGCAACCGCACAAACAUUGCACCCCAGAGCAUCCCCUGGGAGAUGAUCCGCUACCUUGUGACGGAAACAUACGGCGGCAAGAUCGACAACGAGGGCGACUUCAAGCAGCUGAACGAGCUGGUACACUCGUUCCUGACUCCCUCAGCCUACGAUGUCGGCCACAAACUCGUCGAAGGCGCAGAUAACCAGGAGGAGGGCAGCCUCGUCGUACCGUCAGGCACCUCCCUACAGGACUUUAUGGCAUGGAUCCACAAGCUGCCGGAGCGUGAGCCGCCCACGUACCUAGGUCUGCCUGCCAACGCAGAGAAGCUGCUUCUUGUCGGUCUCGGACGCAGCCUCAUCGGCAACUUGAAGAAGGUGACGGAAUUGUUGGAGGAGGGUGAGCAGCUCAUGGUCGAAGCCUAG